UUAAGACACCUUCCAAUUUCAAUCAAACAAAACACAUUCUGUUCUCCACAUUCACUCUCUAACUGCCACUAUUUACUGAACCACCAUGGAAUUUCCCUUUGGCCACCACCACUCUCACACCCACCACCGCAGAAAUGACGACGGCGAUGAUCCCGAAAGAAGACAAUUCUACCCUCCAUCCAACACUACUCCACCGCCACCUUUUUCCAGAGAAAAUGAAUUCGAUCAAUUCCCACCGCCACCGCCACCAGCUUACUUUCAAGAACCAAGCUUCGCACCACCGCCGCCAUUUCAAGAAACCCAAGUCUACCAUACAUCUCAUAAUCAAGAACUGAACUCCGAUUACCCACCACCACCAACUCAAGUGACCCAUGUUUCUCAUCAAAGAUUUGAUCUCGAUCCUGAAACUGAAAAUUCCAAUUCUUUUAGGCCCCAUUUGCCAACUUUUGUUCAGCAUCACACCCAUCAAUCUAAUUUGGACUUCUCCAAUAGACCAACUUAUAAGGUUUAUUGCAAAGCUGACCCCAAUUUUCACCUCACUAUUCGAGAUGGGAGUGUUGUUCUUGCUCCUUCUGAUCCCUCUGAUCAGUUCCAAAACUGGUUUAAGGAUGAGAAAUACAGCACAAGAGUGAGGGAUGAAGAGGGUCAUCCUUGCUUUGCUUUGGUUAAUAAAGCUAGCGGUGAGGUUAUGAAACAUUCCAUUGGAGACACUCAACCAGUGCAGCUGAUACCUUAUAAUCCGGAUGUUCUUGAUCAGUCUAUUCUCUGGUCUGAGAGCAAGGAUUUGGGUGAUGGUUACAGAACUGUGAGGAUGAUUAACAACAUCCGCUUGAAUGUGGAUGCUUUCCAUGGCGACAAAAACUCUGGGGGUGUCCGCAAUGGUACCACCAUCGUGCUGUGGAAAUGGAACAAAGGAGAUAAUCAGCGGUGGAGGAUUAUUCCACAGUGAAUAAACUUGUCUGAUGUUGCAAUUUCUAGCAGGUAAAUUGCAUUUGCUAUAUGUUACUUUGCAGGCGUGUUGCGUUGUUCAUCUUCUUUGAUAAUGUGAUGUGUUCUUACAUAUCUUGAUGCUGGGUUUACUUCAGAUUUUCUUGUUCAUUGCCUAUAGAGUAUGUGGGUGUGUUUGAUCUAUAGGAUAUGUUUUUAUGCUGUGUGUAAGCUAUCAUAAACAUAUGCUGGAGAUCCUAUGGCCAUAUUCAUCUCUAUUAUUAUGCAUUUGGCAGUAUUGUUA